GGAAACAAAUCUAAAAAUCAAGCAAGCUACAAGCGAUACAUCACACUUAACUAAUCCAAUAGAAACUAGUCAUUUGACUGGAUAUGUUAAAUCUGAAAAGCCCAAUGAUAGCUUAUACACAUAUGACGGUUUACUCGUGAUGAACACUCCAAAUGGUCAAAAGCAAGUUCCUUUGGAUCCAACACAAUUACUUCUUAGG